AUGGGUCAAAAUUUUGCCAUUUGCGCCCUCUUACGUCAAAAAGGGCAAGAGGUGGCAUUAGAAUGGUUGAAAAUAUUUUUAAUGCAAUCUGCACCUCACAUACUGCAGUCUGAUAACGGUAAGGAGUUCGUUGCUGAAGUGAUAACUGCAUUAGCCUCUCUCUGGCUGGAUUGUAAAAUCGUGCACGGCAGACCUCGACAUCCACAGACACAGGGAUCAGUAGAGCGGUGCAACCAGGAUAUUGAGAAUAUGCUUCGUGCAUGGAUGAGAGAAAAUAAUUCGAAACGAUGGUCCUUGGGAAUAUAUUUCGUACAAUUUCAAAAAAAUCUAUCUUAUCACCGAACUAUCGGAAGGAGCCCUUAUCGUUGUGUUUAUGGGUCAGAUCCCAAAGUUGGUCUUACAACAUCGGCCAUUCCAAAGGAGGUACUAGAAAAGUUAGCAUCAGAGGAAGAUUUAAGAAAUAUUCAAAGUGAAGUUGCAGCAAAAAGGAAAAAAGAUACCUGUUCAGAGGAUGACUGUGAAGAUGAGGAACCUCCUUCAAAGCGCGAAAAACAAAUUCAGGAGGAAAGGAGUCAAGCAAGCGCAAGCCUUCAGAAAGCUGCAGAAAAAAUGCAAGAGAGAAGUAACUUUCUGCAUGCUCCCUUAAAAGUGAACGCGCCUGUCAUCAUAAGUGUUUCACAAUUUGAUCGCGGCCCAUCAGAUGAUUCAAAUCUUCCCGGCAUCAUUGUUACGGUGAAAAACAAAAAAUACAGUGUUGCAACGGCUGCAGGUUUACUUAAAAACUGGUUGUCAAGAAAUCAGGUUCAAGAAGUCCCAACCAACAAUUUGAAACUGGACAAUAUCGAUUUGCAGAAAAAAGUUUCGAUAAGAGAAGCUGUAGCCCACCACUCGCUUUUCAACGGCCAAGGCUAUAAAAAAUGUAAUUGCUCGACUUCUAAAACACAGUGCCGCACCAAUCGGUGCACUUGCUUUAAAAACAAUUUACAGUGUAACAGUCGCUGCCAUACUUCUUCAACAUGUGCAAACAAAUAA